ACAAACUUAGAGCUGCUAGCGGGAGCAGGCUUGGGAUUUAGACAACUCUCAGCAGAUGAGUCUGUUCAAGGGUCUUUCUCAGGCUUGUUUUUCAUCCUACUACUAAUCCAUGAGAAGAAACCAGGCUCUCUCCCGUGGGCACACAAGUGAUGGAUCCUGCUGGAAAGAGCUUUCUGAUGGCACAGCUGUGAGGGAAACCAGCACAAUAUGUUCAGUGUCGAGGACCUCCUGAUUUCUCAUGGAUACAAAUUGUCCAAAAAUCCCCCUGUUUCAUAUGAGAACAGAUACGAUGGAUACCGGCAUGAAAUCGUGGGGAACAGAUCUGCUCAGAGAACGCUGAAUGGUUUUGAGGCAGAAUCGAGAGCCGGGGCGUACAGCAAGAAACCUCUGGUGAAAACCAACUCGAGCAGCACUGAGAGCAGCCAUGGGAGCCAAGGGAGGCAAGCGGGUCCUGGUUACCACCAUGACCUUCAGGGUUUGUCCACUUUUCAUACUUCAGAAGGGGGGGUUUAUGACAGGCCUCCAUUAGCAUGGUCUCCCCAGCCCAAGACCGAUAAAGACCUUGCCUACUGGAGGAGACGAGGACAGGACUUCAGUGUGCUGCUGGGCUCUUCCCAGAAAGGCAGUGUGGAAAUGAAAGGCCUGGCUGCGUCCCCGGGGGCACCCCGGCACCCCAAGGAGACUCAGCUGAAGGUGGGGACGGGCGCAGGGUACCUCAGGAGAAGCGUUUUGCAGGAGAGCUGCGAAGUGCCGGGGGACUGCAAAUGGCAGGGUCUGGGGAUGGAAAGCUGGAACCAGCCAAAAAAGGUAGGGAGACAAAUGUCCGAGGGCGACAGGGAGAAGCUGCUUCAAGAGCUGUAUUCGCUGACACUGGGAGAGAACGUACUGAGCACCCACAACAAGGGGAAGUCGCAGUCCUUGCCAAGGGUCCUUUCUCCAGAGAGUAUGAGGUGCGUGGAAAUGCCCUCCCUGAACAACAGUAACAGCUCGCUCAGCGCAGCUAAAACCCCCUCCUAUCCCCCAAACAGACUGAGUGUGGAACCAGCCAAGCACCACGAAACGGGAGGCCAUUUCCUUCCCCUAGUGAAACCCAAGUAUGGGAGACCUCUCAAGCCUCCGUCCUAUGAACUGCAGCGGCAGACGAGGGCACCAGCAGAAAGCGUGGGUUUCCAGGACCACUACCAGAAAGACGAGCCCAUCCCCUACUUAGCCAAAGUUAAUGAGCCAAGGCAAGACGCUUGCAUCCAAGACUCUGCUUUGGAGCCCCCAGUCUAUGUACCUCCUCCAUCUUACAAAUCCCCAUCUCACCAAAAUGCCACCCCACGUCCCCUCAAUGAAGUGCCUAGCAACGACGCGCAUGCCAGCAGUGAUCAGCAGGGUCCCGCGGAGCGGGUUGUCCCCUGCCAACGACCAGCUGCGAAUAUUUCUGAAGCUGGGGGUGACCCUUGCAAAGACAACCACCUUCCUCACGGGAAGCAAAGCCAUGCGCGGCGCCCCACUGACUACCUGCGUUCUGUUCAGUACAUUCCCUUCGACGAUCCUCGCAUACGACAUAUUAAAAUCGCACCACCGGAAGGUCUGCAGGACAACGCUAAAUACACUGAAAAUGCAUGUGGUCCCAGUUCUGGUGCUUUGCAAGAGAGAGAUCUUGAAGUACAGUACAACAGUGCCUUCUUGGAUGCAUCAAGCUUGUCCAAUUCUGCAAAGGGAGAAAGAACUUCUGACAGCUCCACCCAUAGCAACAGAUGGUUGGCACCGUCCAUCCGAGAUCAGGAAAAUUGUGCCUUGCUGGACCAAAGAGAUAGUUGUAGCACAACUAAUCAUAGCCCCCGUCAUGAAGCCAGCGCGGAGUAUGCAAAAGGCAAACUUUCUGUAAGAAAUUCACAUAUGGACAGCACCUGUGAGACUGUUACAAAAGUGAAAAAGUUUGAACCUGGAACGGGGAUGCAGAGCAAAAAGAGUUCAAAGAAAAAAAUGAAUGAAACUAUAUUUUGUUUGGUCUCUAUCCCAGUUAAAUCAGAAUCCAAUCUGCCAGAUACAGAUAGGAACAACAACAUAACCCAGAGCCCUGAUAAGAAUGGGUUUGAUAACAAUGGGGCUUUGCAAGAACAAAGUCUCUUAAGUAUGUCUUCAACGGACUUGGAGUUACAAGCGCUUACAGGAAGCAUGACCAAUAAAAAUGAGUUACAAAAACAAGAGUUGUGGAGACCAGAAGAGUUCAAACAAAUGAAUGACCUCAGAUUUAUUCAGCCUGCAAAACACAGAGAGCUCAAAUACUCUGGCUCCUGGCCAGGUGAUCAGUACAAAGACCAGCAGACACAGACCAAUUUCACUGAAGAACCUAAAAGCCCACAAUUUUUCCAUGGUACAAAGCCUGGGCAGCCCAGUAGUAACAAAACGCUGUCUCCAAAGCCCCCAGGAUGUCCAGCAUCCACAAUAGGGUCCAAACAGGCGGGGUUGCCUUCUGAUGAGAGAAGCUGCAGACAGACCUCUUACGGCAUGAAGGGUCAGAUGCACCUCAGCCAGUCUAGCAACAGUGCAUUUUCCAGGACUGCCACCUCGGUCCUUCAGGCCCCCUCCCCAAAAGCCCACCAGAGCCAGCCUGUGCCUGCCCAGGAGAGGGAAACCGGCCUUUUUCCCAGGGGAGAUAUAGUGAAGGGAGAAGCAGGCGCUCCCUGCAACAGUAAAGAGCUGUUUGGGCAGUUCCUGUUAAAGCCUGUAAGUCGCCGUCCCUGGGACGCAAUAAGUGAGCUAGAAAGUUUUAACAAGGAGCUGCAAGAGCAGGAGGAGAGCACUAGCAGUGAAGAAGAUUUGGAAAGUGCUGCGGCUUCUCCGCAGGCAGGUGGCCUUACACCGAGGAGGGUGUCCAGAAACGAGAAGUUGAACCAGGAGCCAAGACACGGUAGGAAAUCAGAAAUGGUUGUGCCAGAGGUGCCUGUAUUUAAGCCAGGAAGAGUUAAAAGUAAGUCUGAAAGUUGGAGCGUGGGGCCGGAGCAUGGCGGCGAGCUGGGCUGCGUUGGCUCUCAAGGCUCCUCGCAGCCAGGAGGGAGCAGUGAAGAAGUCGGGCCAGCAGAUGGAAGUCUGAUAACAGAAAUGAGGGUGGGGGAAGCCAAGAGCGGAACAAGCAAGCAGCAAGUUCGUGUGGGCCCUCUCAAGAGACUUUUGUCCAGUAGCCCAACCAGUUCAUGUCACAGUAAUCCUUUCAAUAACCCUGUUUUGCAGGAGAUGAGCGAAGACCAAAAUUACCUAGAUUUUGUUAAACUGAGCAAAGGUGCAGCUCCCACACAUGAUACAGUAUUAGAGAGAGGCUCGGUCAUACGCUUGUCACUAACGAAGAGGAGCCAAGGGCGCUCAGAGCCAGAUUUGAGGUCAGUGGGACUUGAUGUAGCUCCAGGACCUGGUGCUAACAAUUCUGAUCACUCUUCAAAUGCAAAUGCAGUGGAAAUCCCCGUGAAUGAGUCAUUGCAGGCAAGAGCUGCAAGAAUUUUAGGUAUAGAUAUAGCAGUGGAGUCUCUCCUUCCAGAUGACCAUGUUGGGUCCCAGCCGGGCACUAGCCCUGCAAAUGGUGCCCAGGACUUUGAGUCAUCAGUGGGGAGCACAGUAAGUGAAAAAGAAGGAAAAAAAGAGGGUUCAUAUGAAGGCAGACGAAAGUGUGGCUGGACAGAGAGCGCUCUCUUUGUCGGAGGAGGAGGCCGAUCUUUAUAUCCUGAUGAAUGCCAGACCACUCACCAGGAAGCCAGUGCUAAAACACCGGUAACUGAGCAAGUUCUUGAACAACCGGCAAGUCCCAGCCAAGGUGAGGACCAAAACGUGGUUUGCAAGUCAGCUGUAUAUCAGCAUUCAGAAAAGAGAGUGAGAAGCACCUCGAAAGUGAUAGAGACACUCCAAGGCAAGCUCACUUCUCCACCGAGCCGGACUGCCAUGGAUCGCCUAGUGCGGAUGAAAGAAGUUGACUCUGUGUCCCGGAUGAGACGUCUGAGCAUUAAGAGUGCAGACUCGGGAGAGGAGGUGGACGAGGAGAAGCUGUCAAGGGUACAAGAGGAGAGAGGAAGCAAACUGGCAAGCUCAGGGGCUGUUUCCAAGCGUGUUAUCUCUCUCAGUGAAAAUGGAUAUUUAGGUGGAAUGGACAAGAAGAAGAUCGACAGAGAUUUUUCUUUAGGUAAGACCUUCUGUGGGAGAUCCAAAUGGGUGCUCUUUCCUUAUGUAACGGGCACGAUCGGUUUGCUCAUGCCCACAUAAUGCUGCUCAAAUAGUAACAGGCUGUAGGUGGUACUACCCCUGUCUGGUUGCCACCCCCUUUGCUCUCCUUGUGGAAGAGAUAACGUAAGUGUUCUUUGAUCCCAUUUUAGGAGAAGUCACUGUAAAACUCACUUGUAAUAUUGAAACUCAUUCACAGAGACUGGAGUGCUCCCUGAGGUUUCAUCUCUGUCUAAUUGUUUCAGGGAACAGCCAGCUUCAACCAGCAGAGUUCAGAGAUAGUCACUCUAGUGCCAGUGUUUGGGAACACGUGGUGAUUUAAUCAUAGCCUCUCCUUGAAUACCCAUUUUCCCCCUCUCUAAUACUUAAGUAGACACAUAUUAUAUCAGAGUUCAGAAGAAACUAAAAAUAAAAAUCUGAUGUUCUUCUGUGAAGCCUCUGGGAAAUGGCUGCAUUAAGGGGCCUGGAAAAUUCUCUCUCUCUCAUGAAUAUUUUCCAGAUCAGAUGUUGAGAAUAGCUGUUAUCCCCAGGUGAAAUGGAAAGUUGACUUUUUCAGUGAACACCUUUUUUUUUUUAUUUUUGGUGUUCCUCAUCUCUCACAAGCAUAUAAACUUGUGUAGUCCAUAUGCAUCCCCAAAGAGUAACAUGAGCUGUUCUCUCUCCAAAACAGUUUUCAUACAGCAUUGUGUUGAACAACUGAAAAUCAGUUGUUGCCGUAGAUUUGUGUAAAGGGAUAAAUCACCCAGGCCAACUGUCUACUCCAUUAAAUUAAUUGGAGUGAGCAAAUGUAUGGUGUGAAAGUUGUUAAAUGAAUAUUAAUCUCCUUUCUUUUACCAUCCUCUCUGUAACAGCUGACAUUCUACCUUGAAAUCUGCACAGGUUAUUCAUUAAACCUCAUCGAUAUAAAUCUGUUCACAGUUUUGCAGUACAGAGGGACUGAAAUUAAAUGGAGCAUAGUUUAAAGUGGAUUUAUGUAUUUCCAUCUGAAGAGAAAUAUUUGUGUGAGUUCUGAAUAUCAACUCCUGCAGUCUUGCAGCCUUUCCCUUCAUGUCUUUUUUUUUUCUGUAUCCCACAGCUCUGUGUCUUUUUCUGCUCUGAGCUGUGUUUCUCUAGACCAGAUUUUCCAAACGGGCUAAUUCAGCUCCCUUGUACCCAUCAGGUCUAGUGUGCCCCACAUGCAUCUCAUAUGCUUUCCUCCCUUGGGGUUUCUGCUGGAGUGAAGAAAAUAGCUGUUGUGGUGACAUAACUCCAGGGAUGUAUCAAAACAGACUGUGUGUGUUUUAUUGGAGAGUUAUUCUGCAGUAAAUUAGGUCUAAAUUUAUCCCUCUUGCUGACGAUGCCAGGCUUGUAUUCCGCAGUGUGUUCCCAUUGCAGCAGUUCCCUGGCAGACGUCAGAGCCCUCCCCAGGUCGGGAUGGGGUGGGUGUCCCUUCCUGCGGUGUCCCGUACCGCGGGGUAACACGCACCCACACGGGGAGGGAGGGCAUCUCCUCCCCUGGCCUCUUCCCACCUGUCUUCCUCUGUUAACUCUCACUCCAACUCCCAGACUAGCUCACUGGUGCCACUGAAAGCCAAAAAUAAGAAUCCUGGAAAGCCAUUGUUGCUUUUAAAGAGUAAAUAUUGCUAAAGGCCAUUCAAUUUGGAACGGGGUUGGGGGAUGUUAGUCUUAUAAUUGCAGACUGGGCCCGUCGCAGAGGCUAGAGGCCUGAGCAGAAACAGGUUUUCACAUGUAUAAUGCAGCUUGGCAGAUGAACAGUCAUCUCCCAGAGUCAGAGCUCUGCCGAAACUCUGUGCAAGAAGCUGAUCUUACUAUGCAAAUACUGCCAUUAGAAGAAUACCUCCAAGUGUUCCCAAAUGCACUGGAUGUCGUUUUUCCUUUGCUGUUUGAAGACUGCUUCCAUGAGGCUGCUGGUCUGGCUUGCUUUAUGCAGAGAGCAUUUCAAAGGAGCUUACCCAAACCUCCAACAAAUAGUGCUGUAUCAGUGCCAGAACUCCAGUGUUUGUCCCCCCCAGAACUGGGAUGUAGCCUGGCAGUCUGGCCAUUUUGUGUCCGUGGUUUAGCUGCUGGGGGUGUGGGUAAGAUUUCAAGGAAUAAGGCUUCAAGCAAAGGCUCUGUGU